UUGUGCAAAAUUACUGACAAUGCAUUCCGUUGCAUAUAUAUUUUGUAUUUUCGUUUUAGCAUUGCCUGUUUCAUUUUGUAUCAAAUAUGAUCCUAACUGGGCCUCCAUCGACUCGCGUCCCUUACCAGAUUGGUAUGAUGAUGCUAAAAUAGGGAUGUUUAUUAACUGGGGGGUGUACUCUGUUCCUAGCUACAGAAAUGAGUGGUUCUGGUACAACUGGAAGGGUCCCAAACCAGACCCUGAUACUGUCAGCUUCAUGGAGAAAAAUUACCCACCAACCUUUACCUAUGCUGAUUUUGCAGAACAGUUUAAGGCUGAAUUUUAUGAUCCUUUGAAAUGGGUCAAUAUCAUUGAAAAUUCUGGAGUGAAGUAUGUUGUACUGAGUACAAAACACCAUGAGGGGUUCACCAUGUAUCCUUCUAAAUACUCCUUCAACUGGAACUCUGUAGAUGUAGGACCUAACAAAGACCUCAUCAAAUACAUAUUUGCCUACCUAGCUGGCAGUGGUGUUCAUUUUGGAAUUUAUCACUCAUUGUUUGAGUGGUUUAACCCUCUGUAUCUCCAGGAUAAGGACAACAACUACACAACUCAGAAGUUUGUCAAGGAGAAAGGUAUGGCUGAGUUGUAUGAGAUAGUAGAGAUGUAUCGCCCUGAUGUUGUCUGGUCAGAUGGAGACUGGGAAGCACUAAGCUCUUACUGGAAUGCCACACAGUUUCUGGCCUGGCUGUACAAUGAAAGCCCUGUCAAGGAUACAGUGGUUGUUAAUGAUCGCUGGGGCUCUGACUCCAGAUGUAAACAUGGAGGCUUUCUCUCAUGUGAUGACCGCUUCAACCCAGGAAAAUUACAAAAACGAAAAUGGGAAAAUUGCAUGACCUUGGACCGUUACUCCUGGGGGUUCAGAAGAGAUGCCAAAUUAGCUGAUUAUCUCUCCAUGGAGGAACUACUUGAACUUGUGCUUAAUACCAUCAGCUAUGGAGGAAAUAUUUUAAUCAAUGUUGGACCAACUCCAUAUGGCACAUUUUCACCCAUUUAUGAGGAGCGAUUCAGUCAGCUAGGGUCAUGGUUGAAGGUCAAUGGCGAGGGUAUUUAUGCUAGCCAGGCCUGGAUACACCAGAAUGACACCUUAACCCCGAAAGUCUGGUACACUGCACCAAAAGCAGACAAGAAGGCAGCUUAUGGUUUUUUUAUGAAUUGGCCAGUAGAUAAUCAGCUUAUCCUAGGCUCAGUAAAUGGGGCUACUCUCUCCAAUGUAGCUUUGGUUGGAAGUAACAAGACUUUGACUUGGGAAAACAGUGGCUCUGGUAUCAAGAUAACCAUACCACCCCACAAUGUUCUGGAAAUGCCUUGUCUAUGGGCCUGGUCUCUGAAGUUCUCAUUUAAAUAAUCAUUCAUUAUGUAUAACUUCAUGAUCACUACUACAUUCCUGUAUUUGUAAUCAGUGAUUGCGCUGGGUGUCCAUUUCCAACAGAUUUCAACAUUCAAUUAAAAUUUCAGGAAAGGUAAUCACUGAAAGAUCCUUUAGGUUAAAUUCAUCUUUAAAAUAUGAAAUAUAAUUACAAUCCAUUGCCUUUUAUAAAUACCUCUGUAAGGUAGGAUUCUUCUCAUAUUUCUUGUAUUUAAAAAUUAAUGAAAUUUUCACAUAAUCAAGAAGAUAAUACUGUAUAAGCAGAAUUUUUAGCGAGGAUUUAAUUUUUGUUUUAUUAGCGAGGGUGCCGAGAUCGCUGA